CCCUCUCUCUUUUAUGCGACUCCUCUAUCCUCCUCCCCUCUCCUGACUCCUCUCGUCUCUCGCCUCUUCGCUUCCCCUCUCCUGACUGUCCCUCCGUCCUCGCCCUCUAUCGACAACGAGCACCUGGUCUGGCCUGGUCUUGUUCUUGGUGUGGCGACGUCGGGCAGUGCGAUUACUUUGUUCUCGCUGGCUGGAGAUGGCCUGCACGCAGGAGAACGCCAUGGCAACCGACGAAAGCACGGCGGAUCAUCGCAGGAGUCGUCCGAGUUCCCACGACAUGGAUUUAUCAGGGGAUGACCACGUGCCAAAGGCACGCAAGCCGUACACCAUCACGAAGCAGCGGGAGAAGUGGACCGAAGAAGAGCACAAGCGCUUCCUGGAGGCCCUGCAGCUGCAUGGCCGCGCCUGGCGCCGCAUACAAGAGCACAUAGGUACCAAGACGGCGGUGCAAAUCCGGAGCCACGCGCAGAAGUUCUUCUCUAAGGUCACCAGAGAGUCGUCCGGGAGCAGCAGCGGCUCGGGCGCCGCGGCCGCCACGGCGACGGCGGCGAUCCAGAUCCCCCCGCCGCGGCCCAAGAGGAAGCCGACGCACCCGUACCCGCGCAAAGCGGACGACGGCGCGGCGGCCGGCGGUAAGCACGCCCCGGGGCUCACGCAUCUGGAGAGGCCUCCUGUGCGGAUGGGCGAGCAGGAGGAAGGGUCGCCGACGUCGGUGCUGACCGCGUCGCGGGUCGAGGCCUCGGGUGGCCGCUUCUCCAACAACUCCAGCGGCAGCAGGUCGCCGGUUCCGUCGGCCGCUGGCUCCCUCUACGGCUCGUCGGUGGACAGAGGGGACGGCUGCCUCUCGCCUAAUACUAAGACUUCAGAGAUCACUGCAAAUGGUAAUGUCAAAGAAGGGUCAUGUACAGGAUCAGCGACAUCAGUCCUUAAGCUAUUCGGCAAGAAAGUCGUGGUGAAUGAUUCAUUCCAGAAGCCGAAUACCAGCACCGGCAACCCGCAGAAUGGUGCGGACGUCGGAACUGAAGCUUCAGACGAUACAACCACACAAGGAAGCAGAAACCUACCUUCUGGCGGUGCCACAGAAGGAAGCUCAUGGAAUCCAUGGCCGAGCAACAUGCAGCAGUUUGUGUAUUUUGUUCCUCAACCGGAUGGUUUCGCCACACAAUCUGCGGUGCCAUGGUUCGGCACCCUGCCUGGUGCAAUGUUCUACCAGCAAGCCGUGGCUCCAAAUCAGCACCAGCGCCAUCGCUCAGAGACCGCAGACCACAAGUUCAUGCAGAGGGAAGGAUCCUGGACAGGAUCAAACACUGGCCCAGGAUCAGCUGCGCAUAAUUCAGAUGCUGCCGACUCCCGAGGGAGAGGAAACAUCAGCGAGAGCGACAAAACGCUUGUGCCGCGGUUAACAAAGUGUGAGAGCUCUGUUUCGAUCAGCCUGCAAAGAGGUUUCAUGCCAUACAAGAGAUGCGCGGCCGAGAGCGAAUCGCUGCGGUCGGAGGCGCCCAGAGAGGAGACCGAUGGUGAGUUGACGAGGCUGUGCUUGUGACAGCUGAGAAGAUUCGACGCGCUCUUCACAGUUUAGAUGUUUGCUAGUUUUGCUCUAGACUCUUGAGCUGGUGGUGUGAUCUGCAGUGGGAAGAAGCGACCGCUCAUCCUGCUGGUUUUGCCUGUCGGUAUGUCGCACUUCUCCGAAGCAGCUCGAAGCCGCAUUAGAUUGAGCAUUUCUGGUUCUUGCUCGUGAAUAUAUAUAUAGUUGGAAUCUGUAGUAUCCAUGCUUUUGUUCUCUACAGAGUGUCUGCAGUUUUCCCCCAAAUCGGGAGGCUCAGAGUUCAGUGUUGUUGCCUGUAUCAACCUGGGCCUGAGAGAGGGUUGUCGUAGUCUUAACUGCAUGUUGUAAGCUAGGCAGGCUUGUAUCCACUCUGUAGUCUGCAUUCUGUAAAACACAUGAUGGGCAGAAGACGAACAAACGUCGAAUGCUCUGUAUAUCUAAAGUAUAACAACAUAAUAUACCUGGACUUGGGUCUGCGCAUUCAUCUUC